AAUCCCUUACGCUUACACCCUAAUUGAAGCCUGCUUCAAGCGUGGAAGGUCGGAGAGAUGGCGGACGAGGCGGCUGCGCAGCUGAAGAAGAGGAGAACUUUCAGGAAGUUCACUUACCGCGGAGUGGAUCUGGACCAGCUCUUGGACAUGAACUACGAGCAGCUGAUGAACCUUGUGUCCGCUAGAGCUCGGCGUAGGUUUUCUAGAGGAUUGAAGAGAAAGCCCUUGGCUCUCAUCAAGCGACUGCGUAAAGCCAAAAAGGAGGCGCCACCGAUGGAAAAACCAGCUUGUGUGAAGACGCAUUUACGCAACAUGAUCAUAGUGCCUGAGAUGAUAGGCAGUGUGGUUGGCAUCCACCAGGGAAAGACCUUCAACCAGGUGGAGAUAAAGGGAGAGAUGGUGGGUCGCUACCUAGGAGAGUUCUCCAUCACAUACAAGCCUGUCAAGCACGGGAGGCCUGGCAUUGGAGCCACGCAUUCUUCUAGAUUCAUUCCUUUGAAGUGAACAACUGAUAAUGGUUUAUGUAUAAGUAUGUUGCCAAGGUUGAUGAAAACUGUGCAACGCCCCCUUUGAUGAAAUGGCGAAUUUUCGGGUUUUGGCGUUGGUGGUUCUGUCUUCUUGUGUCGGAGGGUUAUUGUACGUCUACUGGAGGCAGUGCGUGGAGCUGCGGGGGCUCCGCUCGGCGAACGGCCAACUGCGACAUGAGCUGACGUCUUCUCGUGGGGAUAGGGACCAGGUGCAGUUUCGACUGAACUUAUUGAGGGAGGAUCUGGGCGCGGUGCAGCAGGCGAGGGAGGAGGGCGAGCAGCGAGUGCAGGAACUAGACGAUCAGUUGCAAGAAGAGAGAGGGAGGCUGGUUAGCAGUCAUUUUGAUCUGAUACAUAGACUAGAGGAAUGUGUGUAGCGAGAGACGAGGCAGGAGCUGGAGGUGAGCAACACUAGGUUGGAGACUGCUGAGAGUAAUGCUAGGCUAUGCAAUGACCAGAAGGUGACAGUGGAAGAGGUAUUGGACCAGCUGAGAUCUCAACUGAGUGGUUGUGAGGCUGAAAGCAGAGACACUGCAACCGAGAAAGCCAGGUUGAGUAAGGAAAAAGACGUGCUGAAAGAAGAAGCUAACAGAAAGAGAACGGAACUAGAUCAUGUAACACAGCAGUUGUCUCAGGCUGAAGCUGAUGCACAAACCUGCAAUCGUGGGUUAGUUGCCUGUAGAUCACAGAUGGAGUCAAGAGCUAAGCAACAGGAGAUGGGCUUCCAUGAAGAGAGACAGACACAUCAGCAGUGACUGGCCAGUGUGAGAACCCCUGCACCUACGUGACCCACCACAUCAGCCUCAUAAUACAUGGACUCUAACACUGAUAUAAUAUUGCCCUAACAUUCUG